AUGCAGUGGUGGCAGCGGGCCCCGGCGGCGCGGCGGCGCUGGGCGCUGCUGCUCGGGCCGCUGGCGCUGCUCGCCGCCGCCCUGGCUCUGCGCGGCACCGUCCGGCCCGACCCCGCCGACCGCUCCCGCCUCUACCGGGGGCUGGAGCUCUCCCCCAGCCGCGGCAUCAACUGCUCGGGGGUCGUCCGCGGGGACCAGACGGCCAUCCAGGAGGCGCAGCUCAACAACCUGGAAGUGGCGAACAGAAGGGCUUCGCUGACGCCCGGCGAGUACCUGAACAUUACGAAGGACUGCAGAGCCUUCAAGGAGACCCGGCGCUACAUCGAGUUCCCGCUCAGCCAGGAGGAGGAGGAGUUCCCCAUCGCCUACUCCAUGAUCAUCCACCACAAAAUCGACAUGUUUGAGCGGCUCCUGCGGUCCGUGUACGCCCCCCAGAAUGUGUACUGUGUCCAUGUAGACAGCAAAGCCCCGGCCGCCUUCCAGGAGGCCGUGAGGGCCAUUGCUGCCUGCUUCCCCAAUGUCUUCGUGGCCAGCCGCCUGGAAAGCGUGGUCUAUGCCUCCUGGUCCCGGGUGCAGGCCGACCUCAACUGCAUGCAGGACCUCCUGCAGAGCCCCGUGCCGUGGCGCUACCUCAUCAACACCUGCGGCACCGACUUCCCCAUCAAGACCAACGCCGAGAUGGUGCGGGCGCUGCAGCUGCUGCAGGGCCAGAACACCAUGGAGUCGGAGAGGCCCUCGGCCGCCAAGCAGCAGCGCUGGCAGUACCACUACACGGUGGGGGAGACCAUUUCUCGCACUUCCCAAAAGAAACAGCCCCCGCCCCACAGCUACCCCAUGUUCACGGGCAGCGCGUACAACGCCCUCACACGGGACUUCGUGCAGUACGUCUUCGAGAACCCCACAGCACAAAAGUUCCUCGAGUGGUCCAAGGACACCUACAGCCCUGACGAGUACGUCUGGGCCACCCUGAACCGCAUGCCGGGCGUGCCGGGGGGCACGCCCCUCAGCGAUAAGUUCCAGCUCUCGGACAUGAACGCCCUUCCCCGCCUGGUCAAGUGGCAGUACCUGGAGGGGGACAUCAGCAAGGGCGCGCCCUACCCGCCCUGCACCGGCCGCCACCAGCGCUCCAUCUGCAUCUACGGGGUGGGCGACGUGCCCUGGAUGCUGCAGCAACACCACCUCUUGGCCAACAAGUUCGACCCCGAGGUGGACGAUGCGGCCGUCCAGUGUCUCGAGGAGUACCUGCGCCACAAGGCUCUGUACGGCCGGGGGCUCUGA